AAACGUCCACUCUGACUCUGCGCGUUCCUAUAUCCUUCCACCUCGUAGGUGGACGGCUUUCGUAUUGAGUCUGAUUAUGGAAGCAGCCCGGCUUAUUUGACCCCAAUGUUUCCCCCUUUCUCUUGGAGUCGUGCCCCUCUCUCUCUUUUUUUUUUUUUAUUUCCAUCCUGGUCGCCUAUCUGCAGAUAUCCAGCCGGUGAGGAGUAAGGUUGCAUCCGCCAGCGUGACUUAUAAGUGAGAGCUUUGCCGCCUAGAUUUUCGGACCGGCUGCUUCACCGCCUCAACAUCAUACGAGUGCGAUUUUUAUCUCAACAUAGAAAUGUCUUUGUCCUCAAUCAAGGGUCUGCUUUCGGGCUACUCCCCGACAGCCGGAUUCGAUGUCGAGAAGGAUUCUCAAGAUGCGUUGAGCGAAACCGGCGAGGCCAGUGGCGAGGUCAAACGAAGCCGCGAUGGAAAGGGAUUCAUUGACGGCCGGGUGAUUUCAGAUGCCAUUAUUGGCCUCUCGGAUGGCUUGACGGUGCCAUUUGCCCUGACUGCGGGAUUGUCCGCCCUUGGUGACACCAAGGUGGUGGUUUUUGGAGGAUUCGCCGAGCUUAUUGCGGGCGCCAUCUCGAUGGGGCUGGGAGGAUAUCUGGGCGCAAAGAGCGAAGAGGAAUCUUAUCGAGCAACAUUGAAAGAAACCGAAAAACAAAUCGUCACCGAACCGGAAUCGGUAGCAGACACAGUUGAGGAAAUUUUCGCACCCUACGAACUGCCUCCUCAGCUUGUUUCAGAGCUCACCCGACACCUUUCCGCCUCGCCCAUGCUCCCAUCGUUUCUCAUGAACUUCCAUCACACACUCGAAGAACCCUCGAGCUCGCGCGCCGUAACCUGCGCGUUGACUAUAGCGCUGGGCUACUUCGUCGGCGGCUUUGUCCCACUACUGCCGUACUUCUUCGUCGGACCCCAUGACGCGUUCGUUGCCCUGGGGUGGUCCAUCGCCACGAUGGUGGUUGCUCUGUUUCUGUUCGGCUACAGCAAGACCUGCUUCGUGAGCGGGUGGAAGGGUGCUCGAAAUGUCCGACGAGGUCUGAUCGGCGGACUGCAAAUGGUCCUUAUUGGCGGUAUUGCAGCAGGGUCUGCGAUGGGAUUAGUAAAGGGAUUCCAGGCUCUCGCUAACUCCGAAUCCUCCUAAUCCAAACCAGAAAGAUUAAUUACACUCUUGGUACUGGGAUAGGUUUCGUUUUUUUUUUUUUGGCGUUUAGGAAACAGGCGUAAAAGUUAGAACUUUGUGGAGGUAAUUUUAUGUGGGAUUAUGUCGGACUUGAGAGCAUGUACAUACAUAUAUUGACUAACUAGUACUUACCACGAAUAAAUAAAUAU